AUGUCGUCAUCAGACACGCCUUCGCGGCGCUCUGUGCCCGAUGUCGAGCAACUCGCCGCCAAGCUCUCGGACAAGUCCACAGACGCAAAGGCAAAGCUCGCAACCGCCUUUGAACUCAAGGAGCUCCUCGACCUAUUCCAAAACCUCGACUACGCCCUCUUCCUCAAGCACGUCGUCCCCGCCCACGUCGCUCUCCUCGAAUCCACACCAUGCAGCUUCAUCGCAGACGCGCCAGAACAGCGUCUCCGUCAUAUUGUCCUCGAGACAACUCAUCGCCUACCACAGCAAGAGGUGCUCAAGCCCUACGCAGAUACCCUCAUGACCGCCAUGCUCAACGUGCUUCGCGACGACAACGAGGACAACGCUGUCCUUGCCCUCAAGGUCAUCAUCGAUCUGCAUCGCUCCUUCAAGGCUGUCCUCCAGGAUCAAGUUCAGCCAUUCCUUGAGCUCGUCAAGAAGCUCUAUGCCAACAUGAAGAACACCGUAGAGCAAGCUUUCGAAUCCGAGGCCUCGCAGCUUCAGGCAUCCGCCAGCUCUCCCACCCCUCCCACCGCUGCUGCCGCCGCCGCCCCCACAUCCUCGACGGACUCGGCUGCCAAUGCGACCGACGCCGCUCCGACCGCUUCCACAUCCACACCCGCUGCAUCCACCACAGACUCCACCAGCGCAUCGACUGCAUCAGCCGCGCAACCGGCCACAUCCACAGGCACACCUUCCGCAGCGCCAUCCACUCCAGCCGCGACCGCCGCGUCCACCGCAUCCGCCUCGUCCAAACCGUUACCAAAGUCCAUGUCCAGCUUCAAAGUCUUGACCGAGUGUCCCAUCGUCAUCGUCCUCAUCUUUCAGAGCUAUCGUUCCGUCGUGCCACAAGCCAUCAACGUCUUUGUUCCCCUCAUCAUCGAGAGCUGUCUCUCGCUCCAGGCAAAGCCUCAACGCGAGGCUCACGAGGCUGCAAAGGCCAAAGGCGAGAUCUUUGUCGGCGUGGCUCCCGGCAUCAAGAACAGGUCGCUCUACACAGACAUGAUCGUAGCGCAGGUAAAAACCAUGUCCUUCCUUGCCUACGUUCUGCGCGGUUCGGCUCCCGUCAUGCGACCCUUUGCACAGGUGCUCCCCGAGAUCAGCGUGCGUCUGCUCAAGGACUGCCCGCCCGAAGCCUCAGCGACACGCAAGGAGCUGCUCGUAGCCACGCGCCACGUCCUGUCCACCGAGUAUCGCGCCCACUUUGUCGGUCAGAUCGACACGCUUCUCGACGAACGCGUCCUGAUCGGCACCGGCGUCACCUCGCACGAAACACAGCGGCCCCUCGCCAUCAGCAUGCUCGCUGACCUCGUCCAUCACGUUCGUCAAGAGCUCUCGCCCGCCCAGCUCGUCCGUGUCGUUCAGAUCCACUCGCAGAUCUUGCACGAUCCAACGCUGGCUCCGAGCAUCCAGACCAUGUGUGUCAAGCUCCUUCUCAACCUCGUCGAGACCAUCCUCACAAAGCACCCGGACGGCGCCACACAGACUCUCGCCUCCAUCCUCGACGUCUUUGUCGAAAAGCUGUCUAGUUUGCAUCGCCUCCGCUCCGACAUGGAUCGCAUCCGGCAGAUCAAGGAUCAGUCCGACGAUGCAGCUGCCGCCGAUCAAAGCGCCGUCGACGCAGUCGCUAUCGAGCGUGGAAAACCCAUUCAGUCAGCCGCCACCAUGCUUGACACCGCAGGCGACCCACUCAAAGACGCGCGCUUCCUCUUCCGCAACAUUCUCUUUGGCUUCAAGACGCUCAUCCCCGUGCUUCGCCAUCGCAACGCUGCCCACCCGGACGGUGCUCUCGCAGGAAAGCUCCUCGUCGAUGGCGUCAAGUGCUGGUCGCUCCACGAGGACCGCGACGGCAGAGAGGAGAAGGAGGUGCUCGAUCUCUUCACCACUGUCUUUAUCGACCUCGAGCCUCAGGUGUUCCACGAGGUGUUCACCACCCACAUGCCCUUCCUUUUCCAGGAAAUGCUCGAGUCGCCCACCUUGCUUGGCAUUCCGCAGAACCUGCUCAGCAACGACGCCGUCUCCAAGCGGUUCGUCGGCAUCCUCCUGCGUUUCCUCGUCGACCGUCUCGAGGAGCUCGGCAAGUCGGACAAGAAGCAUGCCUCCAUCAGCCUCCGCCUCUUCAAGAUGGCGUUCAUGGCCGUCACCAUCUUUCCCGAGGAGAACGAGGUGGUGCUGCAACCACACCUCAGCCAUCUCAUCAUGGAGUCCAUGAAGCUCGCGAGCAAGGCCGACGAGCCCACCAACUACUUUUUGCUCCUUCGCGCCCUCUUCCGCAGCAUCGGCGGUGGUCGCUUCGAGCUUCUCUACAAGGAUGUGCUGCCUCUGCUCCCCGUGCUGCUCGAGAACCUGAAUGCGCUUCUCAACGCUGCCGAACCCAGCAGACGUGAGGUGUUUGUCGAUCUCUGCCUCACCGUCCCCGUUCGACUCAGCGUUCUGCUUCCUUACCUUGGCUACUUGAUGAAGCCCUUGGUCUUGGCGCUCCAGUCUUCCACCGAGCUUGUCAGCCAAGGCCUUCGCACGCUCGAACUGUGCAUCGACAAUCUGACGCAGGAAUUCCUCGAUCCCAUCAUGGCUCCCUACGCUCAGGACAUCAUGGCCGCAUUGUGGCAGCACCUCCAGCCUUUGCCGCACAACCACCAGCACUCUCACACCACGAUGCGCAUCCUCGGAAAGAUGGGCGGUCGCAAUCGCAAGCUGCUUCAGAACCCACCGAGGCUGCCCUACGUCUCGCACAAGGGUCCCACCUUCCCCGUGCAUUUCGAGGGCAAGUCGCAGUCCAUGACGCUCACGCCCGUCACCGAACUGGCGCUGGCCAACAUCCGACGCACCGACCCCUACUAUCGCAAGCACGCCUUCGAGCUGCUCCGUCACACUGCCGCGCUAUUCCUCGAUGGCUCGCUCAUGGACGCCGAUCGCGAGACCGUGUUCGGUAAACUCAUCAAGGGUCUCUUCGAUGCGACGCGCUCCGACGACCUGCGCGACGAAGCGGUUCAGUACCUGUUCGGGAUCUGCAAGCACGUCUUCCACGCUGAAAUCAAGCGCGACAUGCCCUCGUCCUCUGGCGCGUCCAGCCGUCAUCUGUGGCCCAUGACCACAUCGCUUCUCGAGGGUCUGACCAAUGCGCUUGCGCUCAACGAGGCUGGCAACGACCCCGCGCCGCUCAUCGAGCUACAGCUCAAGAUCAUCCGUGACUUUCUCGCAGCAUGCGAAAAGACGCCGGCGACGCGAUCCGACUUGGGCCACAUUGUGAUGCACUCGUUUGCGAGCAAGUUCUGCUCGCAAUGCUACGAGCAGCUUUGGCAGCGCAAGACAGGCGGCUGGCUCGGUGUGGAUAUGUUGGUUCGCCGCGCUGACCUGGGCCAGAUCUGGGUCCGUGAUCAUCAGCUCGAGAUCGUACGUGCUCUUCUCUUCAUGCUCAAGGACAUGCCCAACGAUCCUCCGGGCAACAUCGAUGAGGUCAGCGAGACGUUGCUCCAGGUCAUUCGACAGGCGUACACCGUCAAGGCGCCCACCGCCGACGGCAAGCCCGAGCCCCCCGUCCCCGAGCGUCCGAGCCAUCUCACCUACCUCAUCGGCAUUCUGGUGCCGGAGCUCUCCAGCUCCAACGCUACAGUCCGCAGCACCACGCAGACCGCGUUCAAGCUGCUGGCCGAGUUGCGCAAGUGUACCGUCACCGAGCUGCUGACGCCGCAGAAGGACCGUCUGCUGCAACCAAUCUUCACCAAGCCGCUUCGCGCGCUCCCCUUCGGCAUGCAGAUCGGCCACAUCGACGCCAUAACGUUUGCACUUAACCUCACGCCACCGCUUCCCGAAUUCAAUGAGGAGCUAUAUCGAGUGCUGACCGAGGCGCUGGCGCUCGCCGAUGCCGACGACCAAGCUCUGAUCGGUCGUACGUCGCAGUACAAGAACAUGAUCGCCGUCACCAAGCUACGCGUCGUCGCGAUUCGCCUGCUCUCGUCUGCCAUGGCCUGCGGCGAUUUCCUCUCGACCAAGCACACCCAGAUGCGCAUGAAGAUCAUCUCGGUCUACUUCAAGAGCCUCUAUUCGCGCAGCGAAGAGGUGGUGCAGGUCGCCUACGAGUCGCUCAAGACCGUGCUGAGCCAGCAGAGCAAGCUGCCCAAGGACUUGCUGCAGAGCGGACUGCGUCCCAUCCUCAUGACGCUCGCCGAUCGCAACCGACUCACGGCCUCGGGACUCGAAGGCUUGGCUCGCCUGCUGCAGCUGCUGACCAACUACUUCAAGGUCGAGAUCGGCACUAAGCUUCUAGACCAUCUCACGAGCCUCGCCGAGCCCGCCGUACUGCACCGCGCUGCAGCCGGCUCGCUUCGCGACAACGAGCAGAUCAAGACGCUGGUCGCCAUCGUCAACGUCUUCCGCCUCCUUCCAGAGGCGUCCUACCAGUUCCUGCCGCGUCUCACCACCACAGUCGCCGAGAUCGAGUCGCAGCUUCGACGAGCCGGGCCGACACCCUUCACAAAGCCUCUGACGCUCUUCCUGAACCGAUUCGCCGAGAAGGCGGUCACCUACUUCUUCGAGGGUGACAAGCUCAGCAACCCCAAAUUCUUGCGGGUCGUCAAGCUUUCGCUUGCCUCCGACGACGGCCCCGAGCUGCGAGCCCAGGUGACGAGCGGUCGCGAGAAGCUGCUGUUCCCUCUGUUCUCCAACGAGGCGUCUGCGGCGCAAGUCCAGGCCGGAGUCUCGAUCGUUCAGCAGCUGGUCGACCGCGACCCCAAAUGGCUCGUCGCCAACAAGGACGUCUUCGAAAAGCUCAUCGCGCUCUGGAACAGUCCCAACAGCAGCGAGCGUCGACGCGAGGAGGCCAACAGCAGCGCCACCAAGGCUGUCGCUGCGCCCGCGACAGGCACUCCCACCGCCGCUGCGACGCGUACCAGCAGCGAGACCAAGCAGCUCAUCGAGCUCUUCCUCUCGUACCUGCGCGUCGAGCCACACGUCGAGGCCUACGUCGCCAUUCUGGACGCGUACACGUACAAGAUCGCCUUCGACCUCACCUUUGCCACCCGCUUCAUCUACGAGCACCUCUGCACCAAGGCGUCCAACUCGUUCAAGAAGCAGAUGUUCUCGCGCUUUCUCACGCUCUUCGAGGACAAGGACGCAAGCCAGACACUCAAGACUCAGGCGCUGCGUGUUCUGAUCAAUCCCAUGUUGCUCGCUUCGUACGGUCCCCAUCCCACAAGCUCACCGCUCGCAUCACCGAAAGCUGCUGCCGCGGCGAUCGACGUGGACAAGUCCGCAGCGCCCAGCUCGCAAGCGCAGACCAAGACGUCCGCUAACGAUGCCGCUCAGAAGGCCGACGACAAGGACGGCGAUGUGGAAAUGAAGGAGGCCCCUGUCGAUGGCAAGAAGUCCGAGACUGCAGCAACUGCGUCCACGGAAGCAGCAGACGGCAAUGCCUCGACAACGGCGAACAAAGAGGCAGAUGGCAAGGAUGCUGCCGCGCCGGGCGACGAAGCCGCAACCGCUGACGACAUCGAAGUGAUCGAUUCCGAUCUCGUCACGCAGAUCGUCAAUCGUAUGUGGAAACCGUUCCAGAACCCCAAAGCAGCCAACGAGUUGUGCUCCGACGAUGCGCUCCGCAUCGAGUUGCUCCACAUGUCGACCAUGAUCCUCGAGCACUGCUCGGACCACCUAGCCCCGCACGGUCAGCUGAAGAAGGACACGAUCAAGUUUGGCUGGGCCAACUUGACAGCGGAGGACGUCACAGUCAAGAACGUGGCCUACAUCUUCAUCGCCCGCUUCCUCGAGGUGUUCGAGAGCCCGAUCAAGAUCGUCGGACAGGUCUACUUUGGCCUGCUGCGCGCCCACCAAUCCGAGGGCCGCAGUAUGGUCAAAAAGGCGCUCGACAUCCUCGUGCCCGCGCUGCCGAAGCGCGCAGGAGCCAGCGAGAACGGCCAGCCUCCUCAGUGGGCGAAGUGGACCAAACGACAGCUGGUCGACGAGGGCCACAAUGUCAGCCAGCUCUUUGCCAUCCUGAGCUUGCUCGUGCGUCAUGCCGACCUCUUCUACAGCAGUCGCGAGAUGUUCAUCCCGCACAUCGUCAGCAACCUCACCAAACUUGGUCUUGUCGCCAACGUCAACGUCGAGUCCAGGAUGCUGGCUGUCGACCUCGUGGAGCUCCUUCACAAGUGGGAGAAGCGUCGUCAGGAACACAUGCGCUCGCAGCAUACCUCGGCCGAGGAAGGUACCGAGGACAAGAGCAACCAAGGCGACUCUGGUGCAGUUGGCACUGCGAAGCGUGGCCUCGAGGCGCCGGAGGAGGCUGCGGCGGUCAAGAAGGUGCGUAUCGACGAGUCGGGCAUUUCUGCUUCAGCAGCCGCAUCGAAGAGCUCUUCGCCUCCAGCGCCGGCCGCCUCCGCCGCAUCGACCGCAGCCACCUCCGCCGCUGACGCUGCCCUAUCGCCAGCCGAUCAUGAGUAUCUGAUGCCCAUGAACCUGCGCGAGAUGACCGUCGGUUUCCUUGUGCGCUUCGUAUCGCUCUCGAUGGAGCCCAUCUCUAAAGCGGGCAUCGUGUCCAAGGCAGCCAAUCUGCUCUCCGAGAUCCUCAAAGCACCGUACUGGUCCGACGUGCAGGUGCGGCUCUCGAUCUUCCAGCGUCCUCUGAUCCACACCGAGAUCAACGAGCAGAACACACCCGUCAUCUGCAACGCUCUGCGCACGCUUCAGAUCGUAGUGGAGGACAAGACCGACGCCUACAUUGCCCCUCACGUCCCACAGCUGCAGAAGCUGCUCGAGAAGAGCGCUUCUACCGACGAGGCUUCGCUGGUCGAAGCGCAAAAGCCCGUCCUCGAGCGCAUCUUCCGCGUCAUUCCCGAUCCACCGCCCGAAGAGGAUGCGGACGGCGAAGCCGAGAUGGACACAAGCGACGAUAAGAAGGAGGACGAAGAUGCGGCCGCAGCCAAGGACGUCAAGGAGAGCGAAGCAACCGACGAGCUGGCAGCCUUCCGCAAAUUUGCCGACAACCUCAUCGCCGACGGUCUGAAGCAGAGUCAGCACCUCUAUAGCGUCUUCAGCAUGCUCGAUGCGUGGAGCCAGAGCAAACCUGAAAAGAUUGACGCGCACCUGCCGGCACUCAGCAAGGCGCUCAGCAAGCUCACCAAAGAGCAUCUCGCAGCGACGGCACCUGUCCCUGCUAACGAUGCCAACCUGAAGCUUCUCAUGCUCGUGCUGGAGCUGCUCAAGCGCCGCAUCUCGAAUCUUGGCGAUCAGCGACGCUGGCUCCUUUCCGCGCUUGUGCAGCUGGUGGAGCGCUCAUCGUCGAUGGAGCUGUGCCGCUUCCUCUUGUCGACCAUGUCCAAGUGGAUUCUCGAACAGCGCGAGACGUUCCCGACCGUCAAGGAGAAGGCCGGCAUUUUGCUCAAGAUGAUGUCCUUUGAGUCGCGUGACAAUGACCAGCUGCUGCGCGACUACCUCGACCUCAUCCAUUCCAUCUACACGACGCCAGCUUUCGCCCGGACCGAAUUGACGGUGCGACUUGAGAACGCGUUCCUGCUCGGAUGCCGACACAAGGACCCAGAGGUGCGGCAGAAAUUCAUCGACAUCUUCGAUCGCACCCUCGUCCGCGGCGCUGCCGGUCGUCUGCAAUACUUGCUGGGGCACCAGAGCUGGGAGUAUCUGGCCGAGCACUACUGGAUCAACCAAGUGCUGGACCUCAUGCUCGCGUCGAUCGACACCAACUGGCCCCUGCUCGCACACAGCUCCGUGCAGCUCGGCAAAGGAGGCAGCAGCUUUGUCCCGACACUCAAGAGUCUCCAGGUAGGCGAUAUGCUGUCGUCGAUCCGCGCGUUGCAGUACACCGAUCGGGACCUGGCACACCAGAUCUGGGUCUCGUUCUUCGCCUCUGCUUGGAGGUCGAUGAGUCGCAAGGACCACGACGACAUCACACGCGCGCUCAUCGGCGUGUUGACCCGCGAGUACAACCUUCGCCAGGUGAGCAAGCGGCCCAACGUCGUCCAGACCCUUUUGGAGGGAGCUCUGGCCUGCAAGCCGCAGCUGGAGCUGCCGCCGCACGUGAUCAAGUACCUCGGUCGCAACUUCAAUGCGUGGCACACGUCGAUCGAGCUGCUACAGAAUCUGCUCCGCUCGCUACCUCGCCAAGACGACGCAAUCCGAGAAGCUGGCCAAGACGCGCUCACCGAACUCUACGCCGAGUUGUCGGAGGAAGACAUGUUCUACGGCCUCUGGCGUCGACGAUGCGUCUACGCCGAGACCAACAGUGCCAUCUCCUUCGAGCAGAUCGGCAUGUGGAACCAGGCGCAGGUGCAGUACGAGACGGCCCAGAUCAAGGCACGUUCGGGCGUGCUCAACUUUACCGAAGCUGAGUACCACCUGUGGGAGGACCAGUGGGUGUUCUGUGCUCAAAAGCUGCAGCAGUGGGACAUCCUCACGGACCUUGCCAAGAUGGAGGGCGACAACGAUCUCUUGCUCGAGUGCGCCUGGCGCUUGUACGACUGGACCGCAGAGCGCGAGACGCUCGAGCAGGCACUCGAGAGCCUGUCGGCGAGCGCGACACCGCGUCGCCGCGUCUUUGAGGCGUACAUGGCGUUGCUCAAGUCGCAGUCGGGCCAGGACAAGCCCGCCGAGUUCGGCCGCAUCUGCGACGAGGCAAUCCAACUCACGCUGAAGAAGUGGCAUUCUUUGCCGACCGCCGUGACGGUGGCGCACGUACCACUCUUGCAGAUCUUCCAGCAAUUUGUCGAGCUGCAAGAGGCAAGCACCAUCUUUGCCAGCUUAGCGCACACCAACGCCACCAACCUCGACCAGCGUUCCGCCGAGCUCAAGGCUCAGAUGCAGACGUGGCGCGAGCGUUUGCCGAAUCUGUGGGACGACAUCAACGCCUGGUCCGACCUGGUGGCUUGGAGGCAGCACGUCUUUGGUGCCAUCAACAAGGCUUACCUGCCGCUCGUGCCCAUCAUUCAGCAGCGCGACGGUCAGAAUGCAUCGACCAACUCGUACGCCUACCGAGGCUAUCACGAGACGGCGUGGAUCAUCAAUCGUUUCGCCCAUGUUGCGCGCAAGCACUACCUCAACGACGUCUGCAUCUCGUCGCUCACCAAGAUCUACACGCUGCCCAACAUUGAGAUCCAAGAGGCAUUCCUCAAGCUGCGCGAGCAGGCCAAGUGUCACUUCCAGAACCCGAACGAGUUAACGCAGGGUCUGGAUGUCAUCAACAACACCAACCUGAUGUUCUUCGCCGCGCCUCAGAAGGCUGAAUUCUUCACGCUCAAGGGUAUGUUCAUGGCUCGCUUGGGUCUGAACGACGAUGCGAACCACGCGUUUGCGACCGCCAUCCAGAUGGAUCUCAACCUGGCAAAGGCUUGGACCGAGUGGGGACGAUACAACGAUCGACUGUUCCGCGAUCGUCCUACGGAGCUGUCGGCGGCAGGCAAUGCUGUCAGCUGCUACCUGCAGGCGGCCGGUCUGUACAAAAAUGCAAAGGUGCGCAAGGUGCUCAUCCGUGUCCUCUGGCUGCUGUCCUGCGACGACAACAAGGGCACAGUCUGGCAGACGUUCGAAGCCUUCAAGGGCGAUGCACCUAUCUGGUACUGGAUCACGUUCAUCCCGCAGCUGCUGCAGAGCCUGAGCCACAAGGAGGCGAGGUUCGCGAGGAAGAUGCUCAUGUCGAUCGCCAAGACGUUCCCGCAGUCGCUCUACUUCUACUUGCGUACGACCAAGGAGGACUUUGUGGCGAUGAAGCGUCAGUCGCUCAUGGCUGCACAGAGAGCGGCUCAGCAGCAGGCACGACAACAGCAAGCGGCUGCAGCCGCUGCUGCUGCUGCUGCGAACGGCAAGACUGCUGCGGGUACAGACGCUAGCAAGACCUCAAGCGGGGACGGACAGAGUGGCGCUGGUAGCCCCGCCAAGACCGAUGCUGCUGCUGCUGCUGCUGCUUCUACCACAUCCACGCCUGCGAACGGCAAUGCGGACGCUGGUGCGAACAAGGCGACUCCUGCUGCUGGUGCAACACCGGCGGCGGCGGCUGGCGCCACAGCAGCCGGAACUUCUGCUGGAGCUGGAGCCGGUGCUGCCGCCGCUGCCGCAGCCGCAGCGGCGAGCGGGCCCCGUCAACCGUGGGAGUACGUCGACGAAAUUCUCAACAUCCUCAAAACGGCCUUCCCGCUGCUCACGCUCACGAUGGAGAACAUCGCCGAGCAGAUUCAGCAGCGCUUCAAGCCGACCAACGAGGAGGACAUCUACCGUCUCACCAACGCCUUGCUCAACGAUGCGCUGCAGCAGUACAUCCAACGCGCCGUCUCGCCCACCGACUCUGGCGUGCUCCCCGCCUCGUCCCAAGCCAACGUCAUCCGAUUCGCCGAGAACCUGCCACCGGGACCGCUCAAGACGUCGUUCGAAGAGGAUUUCGUCAAGUCGAAACCUACGCUUCGCGACUACGUCUCCAAGCUGCAACGCUGGAGGGAUCGAUACGAGACCUCGCUCGAUCGACGUCCCAGCAAGCAGCACCUGGAGCACUGCUCCCACUACCUCGUCGAGUUCCAGCAUCAGAAGUUCGACGAGGUCGAGGUGCCCGGUCAGUACCUCAAGCUGGAGGAUAACAACUCGGACUUUGUCAAGAUCGCACGCUUCAUGCCGGUGUUCGAGAUGGUGAGGAGUUCGGGCAUGUGUACGCGAAGGUUGACGAUCUUGAGCAACAAGGGUACGAUGCACAGCUUUGCGGUUCAGCUGCCUAGCGGGAGGUACUGUAGGCGCGAGGAGAGGAUCUUCCAGCUGCUGAGGUUCUUCAACCGAAUCUUGGAGAGGAGGAAGGAGACGAGGAAGAGGGGGUUGGCGUUCCAUGUGCCGUUGGCGUUGCCGCUGGCUCCGCAGGUGAGGUUGAUCGACCACGAUGCAGGGUUUGUGAGUUUGCAGGAUAUCUACGAGAGGCAUGCGGAGGAGUUGGGUAUUGGGAAGGAUGAUCCGGUGAUCAGCUGGGUGGAGAAGAUGAGGUCUACUUGGGAUGGGGGUGCGCUUCCCACGGCGGCCGCUGCUUCGAGCGGUUCGAACGGGCUGGCGGCUCCGACGGCAGCAGCAGCACCUACACGAGGCAACGUCGAUUUCACCAACCUGCGCAUGGACUUGAUGGAGGAGAUCUCGACCAAGUACGUUCCCGAUACCGUGCUCACGCGCUACCUCACCCGGUCCACCCCCACUCCAUCGGACCUCUACAUGCUCCGCAAGCAGUUCACCCUGCAAACCGCUGCAUCGUCGUUCGUCACCUACUGCCUCUUCGUCUCGAACCGUCUCCCCAACCGCAUCCACAUCUCCCGCUCCUCUGGCAGCAUCGCCAUGUCAGACGUCGUCCCCACCUUCAACCCCUCUGCACCGCAGUUCAAGUCCACCGAUCCUACACCGUUCCGACUCUCGCCCAACAUCCAACACUUUAUCGGCCCCGUCGGAAUCGAAGGUGUCCUCACGUCCGGUCUCAUGGCUCUCGGAAGAACGCUCACCGAGCCGGAGCGAAAUCUCGAAGAGUACCUCGGGAUUUUCGUCCGCGACGAGAUCAACUUCUGGCUGCAAGGCGCUCAGCGAAACGCAGCUGCUUCCGGCGCGGGCGCAGCAGCGUUGGUCUCGGACGCUCCGAGGGAAGUGGUGCUGACAAACGUGCUCGAGGUGGUCAAGAGGGCAAAGCUCAUCAGCUGCAGGCACGAGGACAAGAGCGGAUCCCAGGGAACCGCGCCCGUCAGCAGCGUCGUGUUGGAUCUGAUCAACUCGGCGAGCAACCCGAGCAAGUUGGCAUUGCAGGACCCGACAUGGAGUCCAUGGCUGUAA